AUGCUCGAGAUUUCCAAGGCCAUGGCUUUCUCGUUGACAGGGAUCAGCCCUGGCAGUACUUCUAUUCUCUACGUUGCAGUCCUGAUAUGCUCAGCUCUUGUUCUUGUCUUUUACAAAUCCUGCUACAACGGCCACACUCUCCCCCUACCACCUGGUCCUGCUCCACUUCCAAUAAUCGGCAAUUUGCAUCAAUUGACUGGCAAUCCCUAUGAGAAGUUUGAGAAAUGGCACAAAAAGUAUGGACCCUUCAUCAGCCUUCGUGCUGGACAGCGAACCGUCAUUGUUAUCGGUUCCUAUGAGACUGCACACGCCCUGCUAGACAAACAAAGUGCCGUGUACAGCUCCCGUCCCGAAUUGCAUAUCGCGUCGAAGCACCUUGCGAAAAACAUGUCGAUGGCUUUGUUACCCUUCAGCAAAAAAUGGCAGGUUCAUCGCCGUAUUGUUGUAUCACUGCUUAACUCGGCUGUGAACAAACGCUACCAAUACGUUCAAGACAUCGAGAGCAAGCAAGUGGUCCAUGACCUUUUGACUUCUCAGGACUUUUCGUCGAGCUUUGAAAGAUACUCCACGAGCUUGGUAUUUACUCUGGCAUAUGGCAUUCGUUUGGAGAGCAUCAUACGGCCGGAGAUCUCGGAGAUGAGAUUCGUCAUUCACUGUUUGUUAGAAGGCUUGAAGAAUAUCACCAUGGCAGUGGUUGAGUUGUUCCCGGUACUUGAUUACCUGCCUGGAUUCAUCGCCCCUUGGAAGCAAUUCUGGCAAGAAAGACACAAUCGAACGAUUCAAUUCCUACGCAAGAAUUUGCACUACGCGCUGUCAACACAAAAGUCGUCUUGGACAUGGGCACGUGAAGUGCAACAGGCACUACAUAACGCAGGAGAAACUGAUGAUGCACAGGUUGCCUAUUUGGUGGGCACUAUGAACGAAGCUGCCGUCGAGACCACGUUAGGCACCUUGCGCACAGCAAUCAAGGCCCUUCUUUCAAAUCCCGCCGUCGCCAAAAAGGCCCAACAAGAGAUCGACAGCAUAGUAGGCUCCGAUCGUCUUCCUCAAUUCGAAGACUUGCCUAAAAUGCCGUAUAUGGAGGCUUUGAUGAAGGAGGUUUUACGUUGGCAGCCAGUCACGCCGUUAGGCGCUCCUCAUUCUACCGAUACGGAUCAGGAGUACAUGGGAUACCGGAUUCCACAAGGCUCAAUAAUCAUGCAGAAUUUUUAUACAAUGGUUCACGACAGCAAUGUUUGCCCCGAACCGUACCAAUUUAAGCCAGAAAGAUGGCUCGAAACCCCUGACUUACAAGUCUUUAGUCCAUUUGGCUAUGGUCGCCGAAAGUGCCCUGGAGAAUACAUGGGAAAAAAUAGCCUGUUCAUUGUGGUUUCUCGCAUAUUAUGGGCAUACAACAUCAACCAUAUGAUUCGCGAUGGUCAAACCGUCGAGGUUGAUGAGUGGGAUAUUGAACAUCACUUUACAUCGGCUCCGGCUCCAUUUGAAGUGUCAUUUGAGGUACGAGAUGAGCGCCGACGCGAAAUAAUUGAGCGAGAAUUCCAGGGUAUCGAAAAGGAUGCAUCUCGAAUCCUUCACGAAAUUGCACCAGAAUGUAACGAUUGA